AUGAUGAGAAUCUCCGUUUUCACUCUUUUUUUUCACAUCCUUUGUUUGCGUGCCACAGUAAAAACCACACCCUUACAUGCAAACAAAGAAGAAGCUGAAGCUCUCCUACAAUGGAAGAACAAUGGCCUAUCAUCAUCAUCUACUUCUUUACUGGAUCCUUCCUGGUCUAUCAACAACCUCACAAAUUUGUGCAGUUGGGAGGGUAUCAUUUGCAACUCGGGUGGAUCCGUUUCAGAGCUGAAUCUACCUCAUGAAAACAUCAGAGGUACACUUGAACAACUCCGUUUUUCCUCACAUCCUAAUCUUAGUCGUAUCAAUUUGAAGAACAAUAGUUUGAGCGGAGUGAUACCAUCUGCUAUCAGCACCCUCCUUAAGCUCACUUUUCUGGACUUGAGCAAUAACAACUUCACGGGGGCAAUACCAGUAGAGAUUGGGCAGUUGACAGAGCUCAGGUACUUUAGUUGUUUCAGAAACUUUCUGGAGGAUGUGAUUCCAUUUGAAAUUAGCAAUCUUCAAAACCUGAGGUACCUGGAUCUGGGAGUGAAUAAUAUGAAAACUCCGAAUUGGUCUAAAUUCCAUGCUAUGCCUUUGUUGAAGCAUCUCAACCUCCGUGCUAAUGAGUUCACUUUGGAUUUUCCAAAAGACUUGAUAAUAAGUUGUCCAAACCUGUCUUACCUUGAUUUGUCAAAAAACCAUUUUACCGGCCAAAUCCCAGUGUCUGUUUUUUCCCCGCUACAAAAGCUGGAGCAUCUUGAUCUUGGUAAAAAUUUCUUCCAAGGACCUUUUCCCAUUAGUCUUACCUACUUAUCCAACCUUAAAUUUCUUUGUCUUUCAUACAACAACUUUUCUGGAGCAAUUCCAAAAGAAAUUGGUUCAAUCACCAGUCUUCAAGCAUUGAAAUUGGCCAAUAAUUCAUUUCUUGGGAAUAUUCCACCUUCCAUUGGAAGCCUAAAACAUCUUCAGUAUCUUUCUCUCAGAAAAAAUCAACUGAAUUCUAUGAUUCCCUUUGAACUUGGGCUAUGCACAAAUCUUGAGUACUUGAAUCUACACCAUAACUUUCUAACAGGCGAGUUGCCUCCCAGCAUGUCCAAUCUUACCAAACUAGUUGUGUUAGAUUUAGGUCUCAAUAUGCUUUCAGGUCAGAUAGUACCACACCUCAUUGCGAACUGGACACAAUUAACUUCCUUGUUUAUAUAUAGCAAUAAUCUCACUGGAAGGAUUCCCUCUGAAAUUAGUUUAUUGACACAACUUCAAUAUCUUUCCCUGAGUAGUAACCAGCUCUCAGGUUGCAUUCCCUCAAACAUUGGGAAUUUGAAAAAGUUGUCUAAACUUGACCUUGACUCAAACCACCUCUCUGGUCUAAUUCCUUCAACAAUUGGAAAUUUGACAGAGCUCAAUUGGCUAGAUCUUGCACAUAACUAUCUUAGGGGGACAUUACCAUGGGAAGUAGGAUAUUUAACAUCACUAUCUCUUGUUUCCAUAAGUUCCAACUUUCUUCACGGACCUGAGACCUUAUCAAUCUUUUGCAAUCUCACAUCUCUUUCACUCCUUUUCAUAGCUCAUAACAAGUUGAAUGGAGAUAUUCCUAUUUCCAUUGGAAUCCUUGGUGUUCUUCGGCAUCUCAAUUUGUCUCAUAAUAGGCUAACUGGGCAUAUACCAUCAUCAUUGGGAAAUCUAACAUUGCUUGAAGCCCUAGACAUGUCUUGCAACCAACUCACAGGAGAAAUUCCAUGGCAACUGUCAAAGCUUGGAUUUCUUGAAGUACUGAACCUCUCCUAUAAUCAUUUAUUUGGAGCAAUACCCCGCAGCGGGCAACUUGAUACAAUUGGCAAUGACUCCUACCUGGGAAACACAGCACUGUGUGGCUUUCCAUUGACUCUGGAAUGUGAAGCCAGCAGAAAACCACAUGUGCCGUCACAAGAAGAAGAAGACGAGGAUUCGGGUUUUUUUAAUGGAUUUUCUUGGCAGAGCGUGACGAUAGGAUAUUGCUGUGCAUUUCCAUUUGGAGUCUGUGUGGGAUAUUUUGCUUUGCGAUAUGGAAAACUCAACUGGUUGCUAAGGAAACUCAUAUGGAAGAGAGGAAAGGGUUCCAAAAAUACUGUUUCAAGAAGACAUGCCAGAAGAACAAAUUAA